AUGGCGCAGUUAACUGCAACCACCUUCUCAACCGAUCCGGCCCUUUGGAUCUUCACUUCCUUGACCGCUGGGAAUAUGCACAUUGUGACCGCCACGUCCCGUCUCGAGACCAUUCUGCGCGCCAACCGCGUCCCCUUCAAAGCCAUCGAUCUCUCCACCGAUGACAAGGCCCGCAUGCUUUGGGGCCGCCGUGCCGGUAAAGACGCCUCGGGUCGACCCAGGAAGCUCCCAGCUCUCAUACAAGAAGGUCUCGUCCUCGGCGACAUCGUCGAGAUCGAAGAAUGGAACGAAUAUGGCGAGCUCAAGCAACAUGUCAAGAUCUACUACGACGAAUUCACCAUCCCCGAUAUCAACAACAAACCCAAGGAAAUCGUCAAGAAGAAAAUCAUCAAAAAAGUACCAAAGGGUACGUUGGCAGCGAAAGCUGCUGCCGCUGCCUCUGCAUCUGAGUCUUCUUCAUCCGCUCCUGCGCCACCGCCGGCGCCUCCCUUGCCCAAGGACGAGGCAUCAAGCGCCGCAGCGCCUGCCAAAGAUAAGCCGGCCAAUACGCCAAAGUCACCUGUCGAGAGUGCCUCUACCGCGUCCCACCAGUCCAUUGCCGACGAGGCAGCCAAGAGGGCUAAGGAAAUCCGGCUGAAAUCCCUGCGCGAAAAGGUACAGGCAGCCGCAGAUAAGAGGGCCGAGGGCGAAGCUGCAGCUGCGUCCGCGUCGAUAAAGACCGCCGCUGAGCCCGAAAAGAAGGCCGAAGCCGAAGCCCCUGCCGAAUCUAUGACCGCAAGCCCGGAAACGCCCCGAAAGCCCUCCGUAGCGAGCACUGGCAGUGGUUCGUCAGCCCAGAGCGCUAAGCCCGUCGGCCUCCAAUCGCCGACUACGGGCUCUUGGGGUGUCGCUGCCGCCACUGCAACCAACCCAGACGCUUUGCGCGAGACACUUCAGUCGCCGACAACAGCCCGGUGGAAGCCCUCCGAUGUCGAUAAGCCCGUGACGGUCCACAUGGGCGCCGAGGUGGCUUCUGCGUCGCAGGAAGAGAUUGCCGCAGUCGAGAAGGCCGAAGCUAUCAAGGAGGAGCCUAGUCAGGAGAACUCUGACGAGGAAGAGUCGGAUAAGAAGAAGAUUGCUGAGGUCGAAAGGGCCCAGAUCAUCAAGCAGGAGCCAGAGCAGGAGGAGCAAUCGAAGAAAGAAGAGGAAUCGAAGAAGGAGGAGGAGUCGGAGAGGAGGAAGAUUGCUGAGGUCGAGAAGACCGAGGCUAUCAAAGAGGAGCCCGAAAAGGAGGAAGCUGAGGACACUACCAAGCCCGUCGUGGCGGGGAAGGCAGCUGCGCCAAAGGAGGCUGCGGCGACCGACAAGACCUCGGCCCCUGCGAAGGGUGCCAAGGCAGCGUCGCCAAAGGAGGAGGAUGACGAGGACGAGGACGAUGAAGAUGAAAAUGAUAGCGACGACAGCAGCGAGGACAGUGAAGAGGACGAGGAUGAAAGUGAAACCGAGACGAAGCCCAAGGCCACUGAGGCGAAGAAGGAGGAUGCUGGGGGUCCGAAGGCGAAGGAGGCAGAAUUAGCUUCCAGGCCUAAAGCGGCAGAGCCCAAGAACGAUGGAAAGCCCGUGGGAGACGCGUAG